AUGUUAGAAAAUGAUAUUGCAUCGUUGCCCAUUGAAGUUUUAGCGGAAACGUAUCGACAAGCUUUGGGAACAGUCCAUAAUACGAAGGAUGCGGACAAAGAAGUAGCGGCACGGGCAAGUAAAUUCUUAGCUGAUUUGAUAAGUUCGCCACAAGCAUUAAGUGUGGUUGUCUGGAUAUUGCAUGAGCCUCAAAUAUCGGCAUUAAGAGAUAGUGGUGUGGACUUAGAGCAAUUCGUGUUUGUGUGUCUGGGUACAUUGGUCCGUUGUAUGGAGUCUGCGCCAUCUUGGGAGAAUAAGUGGAAGGUACCAUGGUUGGAGGGAAUGAAGAGAUUGAGGGAUUUUAUUGAUACAAGUUUGUUGGGAGAGAAUCAUUGGUUGAUACAGAUGAUUCUGCAGUCCCAUUUUUUGAGCAGCAAGUUACAGCAAGUGAUGGGUUUAUUAUUUGUUUCGUUCACCAUGAAGACGUGGCCUACCUUCAGUCGCUUGGUAGAAGGGCACUAUGGGAACACGCAACGUUCAUUAUUGUUAGCCCGGUUCCUAGCGGGUAGUUUGGUGGAAUUAUGCGCCCAGUUGUCCAUGUCGAACCCUAGCUCUGCAGUGAGUGCAAAGAAGAUAGAUAAAGUUUCCCGAGGGUUGAGAGAGCACGAGAUUUGCGAACUCUGCGUAAGAAUAUUCCAAGCACUCCCCAACGACUUGGAUAACGGAGAUGAAAUGUUCUACUUGGCUCAUGCCAAACUACUCGACGAAUAUACUCAGCUCAUAGCCAAGUCCCAACCACAUCGGGUCGGCAAUCAGACCUUGGGAGACUGGUUUAAUUUCGACUUGUUCGUGCACCCACGGGUCCUUGAAUGCCGUGCAUUUUCUCAGCUUUGUGAGUGCUUCGGGAAUAUACUGACAACAUUGAUCUGCACAAGGUACCGCGGCGGGUACUUUUAUCAAUCCCUGCCCGCGGCCAGACUUGUGCCCGUGCUGGAACAAGCGGUGGAAGGUAUCAGGAUAGUGACACAAAAGGCCUAUCUUAUAAACCUUAUCAAUGGAGAAGCGGACGACACCAGCUUGUUAAUACUUUGUCGUAUGGCGGAUGUUUUGCUUGACUUGCUUCUAAAAGCUCCUCCCCAUAUCUGGUGCGAGUACUGGAAAUCAAUCUCCUUGGCUAUGAUGAUUUACCUCGUACACCCUCAUCUUGGCUUAGCCGUAACUGGAAUCAACAUCCUCACGAACCUGAUGCAGAAUACCAAGAAUCGAGCACGUGAUUGUAAAAAUAGCACAGUAAUUGGACUUGCUCUCAAGCUCAUCUUGUAUCGCUGCAUCAGAGUAACCAGUCUGGAGCCAGCCACAUUUGUGGACAUCGCAAUCACUUCGCUUGUCAAUUCAAUAGUACUUCAAAAUCUAGGAAUCAUCACAACCAAAGAGGAAAACGAUGCCCUAACAUCUAUCAGUUCAACAGACUCCUGGCGCUCAAGAACUGAAAAUUGCGCCUUCGUCAUGGAAGAUAUGGAGUCUGACACCCGAAUUGUUUUAGCCACCUAUACCACUACUAUCAAAACCGCUCUUGCCGGACUCAUAGGGGCGUUUGUCAUGGACAACGACAUAUGGCAGAAGUUCAAGACCAUCGUACUGCAGGUCUGCGGGGAAUGGACGGAUAAUGACAACUUCAAAACCUCUCUUACGACCACGUAUCCCGUGGACUCAAAUAUCAGCGUUAAAUUACGAGGCUAUAUAUCCCCUUCAUAUCAACUCAUUGAUACGAUUUGUUUAAUUGGAUUGAGUGCUCAAGAUGCUCUCCACGGUGAAAGCAAAGUGUUGGGUGAUAAUAAAUCUGGGGGUAACCGUGGAUUGAAGGAGGUCCAGGAACACCGGAUUCAAGAACUUGUUAUCACCAUCGUGCGAUUCAUCAUCAGAACUCCCCUUACUUGGAUUGACCAUUUCAUGACGCUGCAUCAUACCGAUACUGGUCCGGGUCCCUUAUACAAUCCUGCCGCUGAUCCAUCGAAAUUCGGAUCGCACUGGCAUUGGAUAGAGUGGAAACGAAUUGGGCUUCUAAGUUCAUGUUCGGGAAUAUUGCGACCACCGGAGAGUUCUGAUGACGCAGCCGGUUCCAGCUUGGCAGAUAGCAAGCAGUUGGCAGAUAGUAAGCAGUUGGUACAUGGUAAGCAGUUGCUAGAUUUGAGAACUGAGAUCGAGGCAUUUCUAAGCAAAAGAAUAUAUUUAGACGUGCCUGAGCAAUGGUCUUCAGUAUUUCAUGUGGGUCAAUGUAAUGGCGAUGAAGAGGACAUAUUUUAUCUGACUAGACGGAAGUGUUACAGUGCGUUUGCAAGUAACAGUUAUUCGAAUACCGCGGUUGACUUUCUAUUGAAACGUAUGGUUCAAAAGGGCAGUCAAAACCCAUCUGAACAGCAUGUGAUUAUCGAUACCUUGGUUGCUCUUGCCGCCUCAAUGGGCACCUAUGAGAUGAGCUGCAGAGCCGUAUCGGAGCUAUUGCCUAGAGUGUUUAGAACAGAUAGCCUGAGCCAAAUGUUAAGUAGUCCCGAACGUGCGAAACUGUUCGUGCAGUUUAUUUGUGGUCAACCUGGCGAGACGGUGGAGGCCAUUGUUGAGCGGAGGAGAGAACUGUGCCGGUCGCUGGUAUCUCUGGAGUCUAUAUCUAGUGCAGUAAUAUAUCCACAAACGCUGAAAAGCUGCAUUGAGGGCGGGUAUAUUGUGUCUGCCGAAGGUGCGGCAGGAGCGGGUAACCAGUUUGUUGAAUUAAACCACAAGUUGAAAGUGGAUUCCCUUCGACCUGACGGGUCUGAGAAUGGUGGCAAACUUCUCGGGUCACAUCUCCCACCUAGAAGUUCUGUGUUGCUUGUUCCUCAAGCAAUGUAUGUGUCCGAGAUACUACCCAUUGCUAUGGACUUACUUACGGAGCUGGUCGCGCUGGCACACCCUUCGGAGAAUGAUGUAAGUUUAUAUCAGAGCUUGACAAAACAAACUGCCACCGACUGCUGGGCCGCAGCCGGAGGUCAAGAUAAAAACCGGAUGGUGAUUCAAAACAACAUCAAAGCCCUCACUAUUGCCACCGUCAAGCUCUGUUCCACUCUGCUCAAGAUUGACAUGACAGAGAGAGUGUUUGGAAAGACGAAGGUACACACACCCCUGGAACAGUCCUUGGAACAUUACAAGCGGCUAAUGACUUAUGUGGUUGAUCUGGUCUCCUCCUCGCCUCCGGAACUGAAGGUACAACUUGUAGGCAAACUUCUUACGGACGGUCUUUUAUUUGCCUUCAACGGCAACGGGCUGCCUUCCAGUUGUACCGGCAUUCCUCCCGUUGUUUUACACGGCUAUUGCACCUUAUGGCCCUUGCCUGAGUGCGUUUCAUUCCACUGCGAAUUGGCAACCCACUUUGCAACGGGCGGUCCGGCUGACAAACUGCAGACGGACAUGUUCCAGACCUGGCGAGAAUCCUGUAGCGUUGCCCGAGAAGCCUCGCUGUUUGUCGCAGAGGUGACCCGGAACCGCACCGUUGCCUAUGUCUCCGAGGUCUGUCGCCUCCUCUCCUCGUUUUGGAAUACGUGUCAAACACCUGGAGAAACUAUGGUGGACCUCAACACCGGUGGACACAGCGAAUGGUCCACGGCCGGUCUGAGAGCGUUAAUGUACAGCGACCUAAUACGAGAACUAUACUGCCGCUACGCUCCCAUGAAAAAGCUGCUGGAAAUUGUUAUGAGUGUCCUGAGCAUACCGUCACUGGAACCUGUGUGUUUAGCGCACACUUGCAUCCGGAACUACGUGCGUUUGGCGUGGAAAAAAGUGGCCCCGAAUGUAGUCAACAAGGUCAGGGGCUUCAAGGAGUUCCUGGACGAGCACUCCGCUCUCCACUGCGAACUUUUCCAAGUGGUCACUAGAUACGCCGUCUUGGUUCAGGCUCCGAAAGCCUUUGAAGACGAUCCCUACGCCGUAGACAUUAGCGGCUUGGCGACCAACAGCCUGGCGACCAGUCUCUUGGCUCCUGGCCUCUCAGCAAACAGCAACUUGCCUGAGACCUUGGUACAUCACGUGUUCAGCGGAGCGAGCAGCAGUGGCGCGGCGCCUCUGUUCCGAGCGCUGAAGAUUGUGCAGGAUGGUACGAUUAGUCGAGUCGAGGUGCUAGAACUCAAGUCGGAAGAAACAUACUACGACUGGGCAGCGAACACGUUGACCGAAAUUCUGAGAGGAGCAUUCCAGCUGCACUGCCAAAGGUGUGUGCACACGAUUUUGCAAAAAUCGUCAGGAUAUAAGUGCAACCCCGCCGAGUUACUAACGAGCAUCUCGCAUGACCCGAACUUCAAAUCAUUGAUUUUGAGCAUGACCUCGAAUUUUUCGUACACUCUCGAGCCAGAUGCAACUGUGGAUUGGAUCAGUCAACUCGCGACUCAGUCAGAAGGGAAACAGGCCCUGGGUGAGAUCAGGACAUUCAUCGUCAACAAUCUAAGGACGCUGUCCAAAAAAUCCUGA